AAAGACAGGGAAUUGGAGCGAGAAAACAUUAUUCAUCUCCAAUUUUACGGAAGAGCCUCAAAUCCCAAGUCAUACUCUACCGAAGCACCGUCACAUUCGAAGACCAAGAUGCUCCACAACAAGUCCUUCGUCAAGAAAACCCGAGGUGGCAAAGUCACGAAGCAAGUGAGGGAGCACUAUCUACGAGAUGAUAUAUUCUGCGGUGCUCCAUUUUGCACCGUUUGCGAUUCUUCUGUUGCUCGUCUUAGUGCUUCUGCUUCCACCAUUCUCGUUGUUGACACCAAUGUCGUUCUCAACCAGAUUGAUUUGCUGGAGAAUCCGGCCAUUGAUGAUGUUGUUGUGUUGUCCAUUGUGCUGGAAGAGAUUAAGAACAAGAAUAUAGCUGUUUACAAUCGGAUAAGAGCUGUAUGUAGCAAUUUAAUGAGGAAUUUCUUUGUUUUUUCCAAUGAACAUCACAGGGAUACUUAUGUUAAGGAAAUGAGUGGGGAAACUAAAAAUGAUAGGAAUGAUAGAGCUAUUCGAGUGGCUACUCAGUGGUAUCAGAAUCAUCUCGGUGAUGCAGUAAAGGUUUUACUUAUAACUAAUGAUAAAGAGAACAAAAGGAAGGCUAGUGAAGAAGGCAUUCAUGCAGAAACAGUUGAGUCCUAUGUCAAGUCUUUGGACCGACCUGAUUUACUUGACCUGCUUGUUCGGACUGCAUCUGAAGAUGUGGACUUGGAACAGAUUGAAGAUCUCAGACCAUCCAAGAGGAAAGUCAUCUAUUCAGAGCAUAAGCCAAUGUCAGAAAUUACAUCUGGCUUGCAUCGUGGAAUAUAUCAUCAAGGGAAACUACGUGUAAACCGUUACAAUCCAUUCGAAGCAUAUGUUGGGAGUGAGAGCAUUGGUGACGAAAUAAUUAUUCAUAGUCGCUCCAACAUGAACCGAGCUUUUGAUGGUGAUAUUGUUGCAGUUGAACUUCUGCCUAAGGACCAGUGGCAAGAUGAGAAGUCUCUAUCUAUAGCUGGUGAAGAGGAUGAGGAUGAUGAUGAUGAUGUUCAUCUAGCUCCAAAUAGUGCUGAUGUUGCACCUAGAACUAUUCCUCAGCAAGAUUCUCCAGGAGAUACAAAUGGCGUAUCCAGUCGCCCUUUUGGUCGUGUUGUUGGCAUUAUAAAGAGAAACUGGAAUCGGUAUUGUGGAUCUUUGGAGCCAAUGCCUAUGCCAGCAGGGAGUGGUGGUGUUGCCCAUGCCUUGUUUGUCUCCAAAGAUCGCAGAAUUCCCAAGAUUCGAAUCCAAACCCGCCAGCUUGAGAAUCUUUUGGACAAGAGGAUUAUUGUGAAAGUUGAUUCUUGGGAUCGUCAAUCUCGAUAUCCAUCAGGCCAUUAUGUAAAAAGUAUAGGAAAGAUAGGUGAUAAAGAAACAGAGAGCGAGGUGGUUUUGAUGGAAAAUGAUAUAAAUUCAAGGCCAUUCUCUUCAGAAGUGUUAGCAUGCUUGCCACCAUUGCCAUGGUCUGUCUCUUCUCAAGAUUUAGCUAAUCCAAUUAGGCAGGAUUUGCGUCAUUUGCAUGUCUUCAGUGUGGACCCUCCAGACUGCAAGGAUAUCGAUGAUGCACUACACUGUUAUGCUCUUCCAAAUGGAAACUUUGAAGUUGGAGUUCAUAUUGCUGAUGUGACAAAUUUUGUGCAUCCUGGCACUCCACUUGAUAAAGAGGCUGCGCAAAGGGGUACAUCUGUCUACCUUGUUGAGCGGCGGAUAGACAUGCUUCCAAAACCUCUUACGGAGGACAUAUGUUCUCUUCGAUCUGAUGUGGAAAGGCUAGCAUUCUCUGUCAUCUGGGAAGAAUACUUCAAAAUCUGUAUUCCUGAAGCUCUUCCUGCCACUCCUUCUGCCUCUUCUUCUUCUUCUCAACCUUCCUCACCCUCUGCUUUCUUUUUGGGUCAGCACGGAGCUUCGCGCUUUCCUCUUAGUUGGAACCGUCUUCAUUACACCACUCCUGCCAAGGCAUUCUUGACGAAUUCACUGAAUUUGAACCUCGAAGAAACUGAAACUUACACUUGGUUCACCAAGCUUGCCUCCGAAUUAGCUAAGGAAAAUAUUUCCCUCAUUCCUCGGUCUAUUCUAACUUAUAAAGACUCUUCUGAGUGGGUUUGCAAAAAAUUAAAUAAAGUCAUGAACCCUUCCUUUUUUGCCCGCCAAAAGCAAAAGGCUACUCGUUCUCCAAUGCCGGCUACGUCUGCUACCAGUUCUAUCCCGGACAAUACUGUUAUAAUGGAUGUGGAGGCCCCCAUUGAUUCUAGCGAGCUCCUUCGAAGGAAACGAGUUCGCAUUAACGAACCUAGUCCAGACUCUUAUGUUGAAAAGUCUUCAACACCUCCUACUUCUGUCAUUGCUACUCCUCGCGCGGAACCCCCUUUUAUGAAAAAAUUGAAACAUUGUUUUACUCCCGGGCUCCGUGACAAAUGGGACAAGUUCUCUUUAGAUCAACUUAUGGCCAAAUUUGCUGACAUCCGAGAUCACUCCCUCCGAGAAGCGCACUAUUAUGAAAUGGCACUUCUCGCCUUGGCUGAACGUCAACAACUUCUGACUGAUCUGAAAGAGUCUCAACUCUUAAAGGAGAAGUUACAAAUAGAACCGACGCAGCUCCUUCAAAAGGUCGAAGCUGUCGAGUUUGUUGCUCAAGGCUUCCAAAUUAAACUCAAAGAAAGCGAAGAAUCUCAUAAGAAAAGCAAUGAAGAACUUGCUACUCUAAAAAAGGAACAUCAAGUGUUAACUGAGAAAAACCAGGUGUUGACAAAAAAUUAUGAGAAUGCUGACCUCCGGGUAGCUGAGUUAGAGUUAGAAGUGGAUACUCUGAAGAAAAGUGUCCAGUCUUUACAACAAGCUGCUGAAGACAUGGAUUCCAAAUAUGUUGACUUCGGUCAUCAAAUUCGUGGCUGGGUUGUGGAUCAGGUGAAAUUUUUCCAUCCAGACUCUCCCUUGCCUCAUUUGAACAAAAUAGAAACUUUCAACUUCAUUGAUAAUGACUGA